AUGAUAAAGUUUAAUAUCAUAAAGUCCUUUUAAGUUGCAUUGCAGAUAUGGGUGGUAUAUGGAGCUAUUUCUCUGGAUUAUUUGGAUCAAGAGAAAGACGAAUCUUGAUAUUGGGACUUGAUGGAGCAGGAAAAACAACAAUCCUAUACAAAUUACAAGUUGGAGAGGUUGUUACAACAAUUCCAACGAUUGGGUUCAAUGUGGAAACUGUGCAGUACAAGAACCUUAAGUUUCAGGUGUGGGAUUUAGGAGGACAAACCAGUAUUAGACCUUACUGGCGGUGUUAUUACUCAAAUACAGAUGCAAUCAUCUAUGUAGUAGAUAGUAUGGAUAGGGAGAGAAUGGGAAUUUCCAAACAGGAAUUGUUCUCAAUGUUAGAGGAGGAUGAGCUGAAGAAGGCUGUGUUAGUGAUAUUUGCCAAUAAACAAGACAUUGAGGGGGCUAUGACUCCCAGUGAAGUGGCCAAUGCUCUUGGUCUUACAUCCAUCACCACACAUAAGUAUCAGAUCUUCAAAACAUCAGCUAUCAAAGGCACUGGACUAGAGGAGGCAAUGGAAUGGCUUGCCAACACUUUGACACAGCAAAAGUAGAAAAUCUUUGAGAGAGAAAAAAGACUGUCCUAUUUUCUUGCUAUGAUGAACAACUUUUAUAGGACACUACAAACACAAGAGAACCGAGUUCAUUCCUCAGACUUUACUUUUUCUUUGUGUACUGUAUAUUGAUGACAUGUUAAAGUGCAGCUUUGGUAAUGUUGUGACCUUAUGUGAGAAACCGGAGUAGAUCAGUGACAGACCAUCUUAUUACACAUGUAUUUUGGGGACUACUGCAUCAUAGGAGUAAGCAAUACAAAUUGUGUGUGGCUGAGAUGGGCGUAAACUGAAAUCCAUUCCCAGAGUCUGAAGGAUGAGUGGACUUAUGUUACUGGUCAUCACAUUAUGAACUGCAUUAUAUCACAUCUUGUUCAUAUUUAUUAGCAUGAGUGAAGUGUGAAUGGAAUAUACAUGUAUGUAGUAUGUAUAUGUUGAAUUAAAAUGCUUACGAAUUACUGAAAAAAUUAAAACCUUUA